AUGGAUCUAAUAGUAGAACUCCAUUCAAAUUAUAUCUACCCUCUGAUGAUUCCGGCGUGUAUAUCUCUACUGUGGAUGCGUUAUCGAGGUUUGGAAUACAUUCUUGUCCACUACCGCUGGAUAUUCGUCUGUUUAUUUCUGCUGCCCGUCUCGGUUCUCUAUGAUGCGUUUAUGUACUUGAGGAUGAAGAUCGUCUUCGCCUUGAGCUCGGCUCCAAAACAACACGACAAGAAAGUUCAGAAUGUACAAAAACAGGUUCGAGCAUGGAAUGAAAGAGGUCGAACAAAUCGAAUGUGCACUGCCCGUCCAGGUUGGGCCACCAUGAGUUUUCGUAGAGGCCUGUACAAGAACAGCCUUCACAACAUAGAAAUUAAUCUCAUUGACAUUUUGGAGGUUGACACAAAAAGAGAGAUUGUCAGAGUGGAGCCACUGGCUACAAUGGGCCAGGUGACAGCUUGCUUGAACCCCCUGGGCUGGACUCUGCCUGUGCUGCCUGAACUUGAUGAUCUCACAGUUGGUGGCCUGAUCAUGGGUGUUGGCAUUGAGACAUCUUCACAUCUUUAUGGCCUGUUCCAGCACUGUUGUAUCAGUUACGAGCUUGUAACAGCAGACGGCAGUGUAGUCAAGUGCUCAAAGGACGAGAACCCUGACUUAUUCUACGCUGUUCCCUGGUCACAUGGUACCCUUGGCUUCUUGGUGUCGGCAGAAAUUCAAAUUAUACCGGCCAAAAAGUAUGUCAGGGUGGAGUACUAUCCUGUGUACAGCCAGGACCAGCUGACCAGGUUGAUGGAGGACAGCAAGACUUAUGACAGUAACCAGUUUGUGGAGGCGCUGGUGUAUUCAAAGUCUCAGUCAGUGUUUAUGACUGGAAACAUGACUGAUGAAGCUGAGCCUGGCAAGAUCAACCCCAUUGGCAACUACUGGAAGCCAUGGUUUUACAAACACGUGGAGGGCUUCCUCAAGACAGGUUCUGGUGUGGAGUAUAUCCCUCUGAGGCAUUACUACCACAGACACACCCGCAGCAUUUUCUGGAUGUUGGAGGAUAUCAUCCCAUUUGGCAAUAACCCAGUGUUCCGAGCUCUGUUUGGCUGGAUGGUUCCUCCCAAGAUCUCUCUGUUGAAGUUGACUCAAGGGGAGACUAUUAAGAAUAUGUAUGAGAAAUACCAGGUCAUUCAGGACAUGCUGGUUCCCAUGAAAGAUCUUGGGCUGAGCCUGGAUGUCUUUGACAAGGAACUUGAUCUAUAUCCUCUUUGGAUCUGCCCAUUCAAGCUGUUCAGCCAGCCAGGGUUGGUUCACCCGGCCGGAAAUCAAGACGAGAUGUAUGUGGACAUUGGGGCUUAUGGAACUCCAAAGUUCAGAGGAUUCUCUACUGUACCUUCAACAAGAAAACUAGAAGAUUUUGUAGCGAAAGUCAAAGGGUUUCAGAUGCUGUAUGCAGACUCGUACCUGACCCGUGAACAGUUCCGGGCCAUGUUUGAUCACACACUCUACGACAAGAUGAGACUGCAGCUGGAUUGUGAUAAAGCAUUUCCGGAGAUCUAUGACAAAGUCAAUCGUAUGGCCAGAACAUAA